AUGCCUCAGUUAUUGCGGAACAUAAAUGGGAUCAUCGAAGCCUUUGGGCGCUACGCCAGGACUGAGGGCAGCUGCCCAGUUCUUACCCGGGGGGAGCUGAAAAGGCUCGUGGAACAUGAGUUUGCUGAUGUCAUUGUGAAACCCCAUGAUCCUGCCACUGUGGAUGAAGUCCUGCACUUGCUGGAUGAAGAUGAUACAGGGAUUGUGGAGUUCAAGGAAUUCCUGAUCCUGGUGUUUAAAGUCACCCAAACCUGUUUCAAGACAAUGAGUGAGAGUCCUGAGGGGACUUGUGGAUCUCCAGAGUCUGGAAGCCUCCCCACUGGGGCCUCACAAGAGCUGAGGAAAGAACAGAGCAAGAGAGCUGAGGUGGGGCAGACUAGGGAAGGACAGAUUUGCGAGAGGAGCCAAUGUGUACAGCACACUCUGGCCUCCAGGGGACAGGCAGGUGUUGGGGCUCAGAACCAUGCUCAGGAUCUUGGCCAGGAUAGGCAGUCUGAAUCUCAGAGACAAGAGAAAGAAAGUCAGCAGACACAAGCUCGGAGACAUGUGCAGCAGACCCAGAGAGUGGGAGAAGACAAGAGUCACCAGACCAGACAGAGGGAGUCAGAGAGACAGUCACAGACCAGGGAACAGGACAGAGCACAGCAGACAAGUGAAUUAGUGACUAGAACUGGAACUCAGACCCAGACAGAUGCAAACCAGAAUGUGGAUCAGGAUAGGAGCCAUCAGAUAGGAAUCCCUGACACACAGCUACAGGAGUCCUCCCACAGCCAGAGCAGAGGGUCUGAGGUCCAGGGUGAAGACAGGAGCCAGGCAAGCCAGAUACUGACAGGAGAACGUGUUCAGACACUGGGAGGUGCCACCCAGGCCAUGGAACUAGACAGGAACCAUCAGAUAGGAAGCCCUGACACACAGCUACAGGAGUCCUCCCAUGGCCAGACCAGAGGGUCCAAGGUCCAGGGUCAAAACAGGUGCCAUACAAGUGAAGUGGUGACAGGAGAACAGAUUCAGACACAGGCAGUGUCACAAACCCAGACACACACCCAGGCCAUGGAGCAGGACAGGAGCCACAAUGCAAGUGACAUAGGAGAUAGAAAUGAGGGACAGACCCAGAGACAGUCAGGCAGUGGUCACAGAUGGACAUAAGUGAACCACUAUGAGGCAGGAGAGAAAAAGCUGGGAGGACAUGCCCAGGCUGGGACAAACACUCUGACAGGCAGACAGGACUGGAGCAGCACUCACCCAAGAUGCACUGUGACAGGUGGGCAGAGAGAGAGAGAACCCACAGUGGUUACCCAGGAGUGGGUGGAUGACCACACAAGGGAGAUGGAGAUCCCAAGGCAGGGGCAGGGCAGCCUGCACACUGGCAUACCUUCAGCCCAGGGCCAGGAAGCAGCCCAGCCAGAAGGGAAGCGAGGCUUCACAGCCAGGGGGCUAUAUUCCUACUUCAAGAGCAACAAGCCAUGAAUAUCCCAGACCUGGACUCCAGUGUUCAGUACUGGAAGAAGACAGCU